AUGUUUUUAAAAACAAAACUCCUAUGGCUUAUAGUCCCAUUCUAUGUACUGGCCGUCGUGGAUGAACUGCUCUACACGGAGGCCUAUAUGAACAGUGUACGCAUCGAAGAGAUACCCUUUGCCCUGACCAUGCAUCACAGCCGCAACCGAAGUCAGAGCGCCCUCCGCAGACCGUCGGAGGAGAGUCGUAACAUCUAUGCCCUCAAACGUGUCGACCAGCACAAAGGUUUUUUGAAGAUUUUCAAUAUUCCCUAUAUAAUUUGCUUUUUUGCUGCCAAAGGCAAGUGGCCGUUUAUACCGCCAUUUAUGCAAACGCAGGUUAAUGCCGCUGCCAGGACAUUUUUCAAUCAGAAUGAUAGUUCGAUUAAACAGUUCUGUCAGAAAUGGAUACAAAUUAAAGAGUGUUUUCGUCCAAUAUUUUCACCCACCACCACCCCGGUCAACUUGGAAGUGAUUACCGUUUCACCGCAACGCUGCCAGUGUGCCAAUCUCGUGUCCACUGAAGCUCCGGUGCCCGUUGUCUAUUUCGAUCGCGACCACAUAGGCAAUAUCAGUGCCGAGACUAUACGUAACACCAUUGAAUUCUUGGAGAAUUUCUUGCCACCACCCACCAAGAAGAAUAAGAGAAAGAAUCGUGUUCGAUCACGUUUGGAUGAAAUGGAUAUUGAAUGAAGCAUUUUGGGAAAAUGCCUCAAAAAAACCAUUCCAUGCAAUUUUAUUAAUGGACUUAUAAAACUUAGCAAAUAUUUUGUGUGUGAGAAGAUGUCUAUGUUUGUGUGUGUGUGCGCGUUUAAAAACUAAUACAUACAUUCGUAAUUAUUCAUAAGAUUAACUAUUUUAGUUAAAUUAAGUAUAAAAAAUCUUCUAAAUAAAUAUAUAAAAA